AAAAUCUGGACGGAAAAAGAGACGGAUGAUGGUAAUAACUAAUAAUGCAAAAAAGGGAUGAAAUAUUAAUUAGGGUUCAUCACUUAAUCUGCCAAAUGGAUUCUGUAAAUCCACUCCCACAAUUUGAUUUCCGAUUUAACAAACCAGGGUUAAAGGAGAAAAAAUGGUGUUGUGGGAAGAGGGUUACAGGCUUACAGCAAGCUUGGUUACAACACGCUAUAUAUAUGUUCGUAACACUACACGGUGCAAGAGCGAGACUGGAGUUAGUGUGUGUGUGGGAGAGAGAGUCUGCGAGUUUUUAAUCUCAGACGAAUACUAGUGGAAUCUCAAGACUUCUGAAUUCACGUUGUCUAUCUACCUGUUUUUUCUCGCUGAUCAUGGCUAGUUGGAUUAUGAAUAGAUGAAGGAACGUUUUUGUGCGUCCUGUUUUGCCAAUGGGUCCGGACCAGUUUUUAAGAAGUACUUGAUUCGGGUUAGAGAGGAAAGACAGCCAUCGAAGCUGUGAGAACCAUGUGGCAUGUUAUUUUUACACGUUUAUUAGGUGGUCACACUGAAAAAUAUGUAAUUGGAUUCGACCGUUAACUUUUUUUGCAGCUGUAAUCUCGAAAAAAUAUUUAAUUGGAUUCGAGCCAUAGCUUUUUAUGUGGCUGUAAUCUCAACUCGAUAUGAAAUGUUUCAUAUGCUUUAUCAUCCACGGUGUUGGUAAUUGCUUAUCUUAUUGCAUUUAUCUUCGUUUUGUUUCAAUUUGUCAUAUAGAUAUACCAAUAUUAUGUGCCCCUCACUAAAUAGUAAGUCAUUUAUCGUCAAAUGAAUCUUUUAAUAAUUGUCACCGUCUCCUUCUGUUCUAUUUAUACUCAAUUUCUAUAAUUACUAUUAAUUCAUUCGGAUAUGCUGCUGAUAAUGCAUUCAUCAUCCUAAGGAAGACAAGAUGGGCGAGAUUGGUGGCAGUGAAGGACAUUCAUCUGCCUCCGCCAAUAAAAAGUCCCGAAACAAACAAAAAAAAUGCUCGUCCGAUCUCACAUCUCAACUCUUGGACAAGCCACCACCUCUAUCCCCGACUGAAUACCGCAAGUACCAGCUUCUCGAGCAGCAGUUCCAGAAUGCAUUCAGACAACUGAAAUCUAUGGUUGAAAAAUCCAGAGGCACCAUUAAGGAGGCAGCUGCCGAAUGGGAUGACCCCGUCACCUUCGAGCUCGAGGGACUUCUAUCGAGCUUCUUGUCAACAACUCUCGACAAUGCCGUCAGGAAGCUCGUCUGGUGCGGCUACAAUGAAGAAACUGCUGAAUGGGCCAUCCUCAGCAGUAGUAACUUUAACGGCAGUAAAGAUGCUGAGUCCAACAUUGUCGAGGGUGCCUUAACUCUGUUGAAAAUGGACGAGCAUGUGAAGAUGCAGAAGAAAACUGUGUUUGAGAGCCUCCAGAGCCUGGUUGAGUACACAUUGCUUGAGAUGAUCCACGUUGUCCGUGAGCUGAGGCCUGAGUUGACCGUGACAGAGGUGAUGUGGUGCCUUUUGAUGAGCGACUUGGACCUUGCAACUGUAUGCGGUCUUAAAUGGGCCCCAGAAGCCUCUGAAGGAAGCCCAAGGGAAACUUCCAGAACAGUCCAGCCCAGUUCUGGUGAAUUGGCGAAAGGGGCCUCUCUUUCUCUUCAGGAGCUGAAGAUGGACGAGAACUCUGGGCCCAGCGGCAGUAAAAAGGCGCCAGCUAUUCAUUUCAAGGGGGAUUUUCUCCGCCAGAAGGCGAUCCAUUUCGAGAAGAACUAUAGAGGCCGGUUUACAAAAGGGAGCUUUAAGGCCAAAGUCGCUGCAUGGGAAAGCAUGGUCUUGGACCAGUCACUCGAGUUGCAAUCUAUCUCUGAAGGAGACGAGAAAAAAUCUGAUGAUUCGCAGCUGACUGAUAAAGAUCAACUUUCUGCAUUGCCAGCUGGAAAUCUCGACACCUGCAUGAGGGGCGAGAAAGUCAAUUUCCCCGAUCCGCUCAAGGAGCCCACCGAUUACUAUGCACAAAUCCGAUUUGACGAGAUUCUCCAGGAAUACGUGGCGAAGGAUGAAAAGGACCAGUUGCUGUUUAUCACAGUGCCUCUCAAGGCCGAGCUUCAGAAGGAGCUCAAAGGGUGGUACGACUGGGCGAACGAGAAGGUCAUGCAGGCGGCCCGUAAGCUAGGGAAGGAAAAGGCUGAACUGAAAACUCUAAGGCAAGAGAAAAAGGACGUUGAGAAUUCUAAGAAGCAAAAACAAACAGUAGUUAACCAUGCGGCCGAAAUGGAUCACAGGUUGGCUAACGCGAUAAAUCAGAUCCAGAUGGCCAGCUUUUCUGUGAAACAGCUUGAAGCCGAAAAUGAUGUGCUGAGGAGGGGAAUGGAGGCUGCUAGGAUGGAGGCUCGCGGAUCGGAGGUUAAAUUGGACGAGGCUGUUGCGAAGGAGCAGGAAAUUAUGAAGAGAUUGCAGGCUUGGGAGGUAGAGAAGGAUUUUAUGAUUGAGAAAUUGACUGUUACGAGGCGAGAAACUGCCGAGUUGGAGAGUCUGAUUGGGAAGAGGAAAAAUCGCCAGAAUCAGUUCAAGGUUCUGUUGAGGCAGGAAGAGAAGGAGAGACUGAAAGACCAGAGAAUGAUUGAUUCCCUGAGGCAGAAAAGGGAAAAAGUAGAGGCCGUAAUGAAGGCAGAAGCCGACAACAUAAACCAAAAGGUACAGAUGAAAAAACAAAAUUUUGAAGACAAAAUCAAGAAUCUGCGGAGAAAGAUCUCGGCAUUGAAGCUGGAGUCUGACAAGAAGAAAAUAGCGGCUCUAAACGCUAGCUAUGGCUUGAAUGUCCCUAAUGUAGGUAAGCGAUUGCCCGUUUUUCAGGAGAUUUACGAGACUGGCGAUGCCAAGGAGGAGAGAGAGUGUGUGAUUUGCAUGAGUGAUGAGAUAUCGGUGGUUUUUGUGCCGUGUGGUCACCAGGUUCUUUGUGGGCCGUGUAAUGAUCUUCAUGAGAAGAAGGGUAUGAAGGAUUGCCCGUCUUGCAGGGGAAUGAUCGAUAGUCGGGUUUCUGUCUGUUUUCGGUAAGUGAUAUUCUAUGGGGAAUUUUUGUUGUCGCAUUUUACGAAUCGAGUUGAUUGGCAAUCAGUAAAUGUGGCCCUUUAUGUUGCUUUCUAGCACAGUUGAUUAUGAACUGAUUUAGGAAGAAAAACUGAAAGAGAGAGCAAAAAAAGGUUGGAAUUUUGGAAAAGGUUGAAAAACUUACAAUUAUUGUUUCAGAAAUCAUCAACUUGGAUGGUGUUAUUUUGGUUUUGACUUUGUUGUUACAACAGUGGUGUAAAUUUGGAGUUUGAAUUUUUAUAUAAAUUACAUAUCGUUUGAUUUA